UCUCAUUUGUUAAAAAUUUAACACAUUUGCAUAGAAUCCACACUGAAGUGAUAAACAAAGCUCUUUUAAUAAAAAAUAUGGCUUUAAUUUUUAAAUAUUAGGAUACAUUUUUUUACGUUUUCUACACAGUAUGAAGCAUUACAAGUUAAAUACGCAUCAAAAGUCUUACAGUGAUGCUGAUUUACUGAUAAAUCAGAAAGAGCAUCCUGACACUAAAUUGGGCGAUGUAGUCGAGGUCUAUGACCGAGAAGAUGAAAAUACUCGGUUGCUCCUACAAAUUACGAAAUUCAAUGAUCUUAGGCGCGAUGAAAUCAGCAUUGAAGCAGGCAUAGCCACGCAGUUCAAUUUAAGGAAGUUUGCGUACGUAUUUAUGCGCCGCGUCAAUGCAAAUGAUGUAGCGCUUGACUCUAUUGAGAUAACGUUUAAGGAUCAAUACAUGGGUAGAUCCGAAAUGUGGCGUUUGAAAACGUAUUUGACGAACACUUGCGUUUACAUUAAUAAGAAAAUCGAAAAUAACGAAAUGCAAAUACGUUGCCAAGUUUAUGAGAUGUGGGCUCAGGGUGAACGUGUAUCCUGCGGCGUUAUCACAGAGGACACAAAAAUUGUGUUUCGUAGCAGCACAUCAAUGGUAUAUUUGUUUUUGCAAAUGUCAUCCGAAAUGUGGGAUUUCGAUAUACACGGUGAUUUGUAUUUCGAAAAAGCAGUUAAUGGUUUCCUCACUGAACUUUUUCACAAAUGGAAAAAGUUAGGCUGCAACCAUGAAGUAACCAUGGUAUUGUUCUCUCGAACAUUCUAUGCAGCGAAGUCUCUUGAUGAGUUUCCGGAACAUAUGCGUGACUGUCUUCAGUUGGAUUAUAAGGGUCGUUUCUAUGAAGAUUUUUAUCGUGUUGCUAUCCAAAAUGAGCGCAAUGAAGAUUGGUGUACCGUACUAACGCAGCUACGUAAGCUUUUCACCUCAUACGAAUCGACAGUAUUACGCUAUCAUGAGCGUGAAGGGGUGUGUAUACCUACAGCUAGCAAUUCCACAGCGGCUCAAGGCAACUUUUUGGAGGUAUUAAAUAUUUCCUUGAACACCUUCGAGAAACAUUAUCUGGAUCGUACCUUCGAUCGAACUGGUCAGCUGUCGGUAGUGAUCACACCUGGCGUUGGAGUAUUUGAAGUUGAUCGGGAAUUGACGAACAUAACUAAACAAAGGAUAAUUGAUAAUGGUGUUGGCAGUGACUUAGUAUGCGUAGGCGAGCAACCUUUACAUGCCGUUCCACUUUUGAAAUUUCAUAAUAAGGAUACUUCAUUAACAUCAGCAGAUGAUUAUUCACUACCACAUUGGAUUAAUCUGAGUUUUUACUCUACUAAUAAAAAAGUGGCUUAUUCAAAUUUUAUACCGCGCAUCAAAUUGCCCCCAAUCGUUGCAAACGUUUCUUUGAAUGAGGAAGACAGGGAAAGUGAAAAGUAUUUUUUAAGUUGCAAUCAAUCGGAGUAUAUACAUAAUUCCUUGUUUGACUAUGAUGCUUAUGAUGAUCAAAUAUUUCAACCACCGCCAGCGCAAGGCACUUGUUCUUUACAACGUGUGAUACGAGCCAAAAAGACAUCUGUGCCAAGUUUGGAGACGUCUGUAUACCGAAAUCAUGACUGGGAAAACUUAACACCAACAAAAAUACCAAAUUUACGACGUAAAAUGUCCGAUCCUGACAUAUAUCAUGGCACUUCAGGAAUGUUAGCGGCAUUGACUGAUUCGUCAAACUUAUCUGAAUCAUUGGCGUCCGAUAAAAAUGCGCGUCGCUCUAUUGUUUCAAUUGCUCCUAUUGUUCGUCCUGGACGGGCAUUGAUCAAUCCAUUUGAUCCAUCGCAUGUUACAAUCAAACUUACAUCAAAUCGUCGGCGUUGGACGCACAUAUUUCCAAAGGGGCCAACGGGUGUUUUAAUACAGCAACAUCAUUACCAAGCGGUUCCUGCUAAACCGCAUAACAUCAGCUAUAGCAAUAUUAUUAAUAAUGAUAGUGAAUAUGCACUUGGAUAUAGCACAUAUGAUUAUGAUCACACAUCUACAUGUUCUUCGUUAAAUAAGUCAAUUGCAUCCUCUAAUGAAGGCGAAAAAAUUGAAUUAUUCAAAAAACGAAAUAACUCAAUUUUAAAUAAUAAUCCCGUUAAUGUAACAACCGGCGCUGCAGUACCCACAAAAAGUUAUCUGUGGGGUGCCACUGGUGAACAGGAGUGGACGCCAGCCAUAACGACAGUGAAUGCAAAAGCGGGAAAACAAUUAAAUCCCAUAGUUGAAACAGAAGCUCCAUUUGAUAAUGAGUGCGCAAACGCAGAUGGCAGAGGAAAAAUAAUAAUAGGAGUGGAUUGGAAAUCGCUAACUAUACCGGCUUGUUUGCCAAUCACCACUGAUUAUUUCCCAGAUAAACGUUCUCUACAUAAUGAUUACGUUAUAUCUGAUUACACUCUGCUACCUGACGAUGUAAAUUUCGAUUAUGCCAAUAGUCGUGCCGUAUAUCGUAAGCCUCUGUCAACGGAGGAGGUAUUUCGUGAAAUUGUGUCACAACGAUUGGCGCAAGGCUUCCAGUUGAUCGUGCUUGAGGAGAAGAACACUCAACCAGCGCAGGCUCCCUGUUGUGGUGGUUACAAACAGCAAAAACCUUCAACGGUUUUGGGCAUGAAGGCGCCAACGGAAAUAAUGAAGGAAUAUUUACUCUCAAUCGGUAGAAUAUUUCAUCGAAUAACUUUAAGUGGAUCUGUGAUAACUGUUACUGGAUAUCGACCUAGACAUCCAUAUCCACCGAUUAAUGUUGACUAUAGAUAUCGUUUUCAUGCACCUCAACAUGAGACUUAUGAAAUAUCAGGUGUUAAUUUUACUACGGAAAAAUUAGAAAAUUUCAAUUGGAAUUAUAUGGAUCAUUAUAUAUGUACACGUGGUGACAGGGAUUAUCCAUUAAUGGAGAGCCUUAAAUAUUGGCGUUAUCGUAUGUACUUGCUGCCCAUAGAUAAUUUGGCGAUGAAAAAGAUCAUAGAAUAUGGUAGUCAACGUUGUGAUAUUUACACUGAUUUGGCUGUGGAUAAUACAAAGAAACAAGUCGAAGAUUUCGUGCGUCUCAUGGAAGUGCAUAUAAAUAAAGUGAAACGUCAGCGAGUACAUGAUAGCCCCACCGCACAAAGUCAUUUAACACGACGGCGUCACAGUACCAGCAUUAUUUCCAGACCUCAACCCAAUCAGGGACUGGUGAAUUCGCCCUUUCGUGAACGUGUUGGCAGCAAUCGUCUACCGGAGAAACGACCAAGCUUUGUCUCGAAACCUGUAAUGAAAGCCGAUCGUGGUCGCAUAUCACCAGCAGCAGAUGCCGCCGCAAUCACAUUGAAUACCGAUUUAAACAACAGAGAUGAUCAUGAUGACGGAUUUGCGACGGAAAUAAAAUUACGACCAAAUUCCAACUUAAAUGAGAUACUCGAGGCCAUGAAGCAUCCGAUAACUGGUGUGGCCUGUUUCACUCAGACUCCCAGCCUGCCUUCCUACACAUUUGUGUCAUACGAAGCUUUACUUUGGCUUAAGUCACGUCUGGACAACAGCAGGCAUCCAUUGGACAUAUUGGAGGCCAUGCGAAAAGAGAAGAUGAUUUGCCAUGCGUCUGGAGACUGGGAUAAGCAAGUCAUACCCGGAUUUUAUCUCUACUAUAUAGCGCAGCAAGAUAAAAAUGCGAAGGAAUAUGUUAAACCUCUCUACGAUCUGAGUGCUUUCGAGAAUGAGUGGAUGGAGAUAGAAUUACAAGGUUGUAAUCAUCUGUGGACUGAUGAAGCGAGAGUCCCAAAUAUACCAACCUUCUUGCGGGAUAUACCAUCGGCGCAAUCUUGGGCGGACUAUAGUCAAAAUCGGAAAAUUUACCGUCAUUCACAUUUGGAAAUUAAUGUCAAUCAAAAGAGUGACCGAAUGGAAUGGGGUCACGUUAAGUAUCAUACUGUUAUGCAACCCGGAUACGCCUUUGAAUUUGUUGUUGAGUGGGUUACAGCAUCUGGGCCAAUUGUGUGGGAUUUGAUAUGGGGCUGGACACGUAAAGCGAAUCAUUGCAACUAUGAAUUGAUAUCUGUGCCCGCUGAUCCGAUGGCGGAACCAUUUACUGAGAAGUCUGAUCCAUUGCGUGGUCCAAUUUUUAUACCAUUGUCAGAAAAAUUUUUAAGUGACAAGAGUGUUAUGUUUGGUGAAUUCGCUGAGGAGAGUAGAGCCGAUCGUAUGCUGCUCUUUCAAGAAGCCAUACUUGCAAGGUUUGGAUUUCUGCCGUGUGUGAUAGAGAAAAAGUUUUCGUUUAAUAAAGAUGUACCUAAGGAAUAUCAGUAUGUGCAUUGUUCUGGGCAUAUGUUUGUACUUAUUCGUUGUUCGAAGAACAAUUAUCAAAUGGACUCUCCAAGUCGGCAAGAAGCAAAUGUGACUCGGUGUGUUUAUGGACACACUAAUAAUACCAAUGUUCCAAAAAAGGUUGGAUUUUUAUGGGCCUGGAAUCAUAUGAUACCCAAUAAGAAAUGGAAAUCGUUAGUUAUUAAGAAUUCACCAGAUGGUGAAAUUUUCCAAUUGAAAAUGUUGAAAGACUUUCGAGAUUUUUGUUCCGACACUGAUGAACGUCUGACGAAAUUCUGGGAACAUUGCCAUGAGUUGAAACGAAAAUCCUUAAAAAUAGAAAACCCCAGCAAUAAUAACAAUAUUGAAAUAAAAGUUAAAUAAGCUAAGUCUCAAGAGUAAGCUUUAUAUUUUCAUACCCAGCGCGCUACUGUUGGUACUUCCCGUUAUAAAGGUAAAAAUAAAUAAAUUGAUAUGGAGAAUAAAUUUAUCUUCAUAACCCACUUAAAACUUACGUUACCAACUUUACUGAAUUCGUAGUAAAAAGCAUUUCUCUAAUUUGGCUUAAGAAAAUUUUGAAAGUGGAUGUGACAAUAUUUAUUCAAGCCAUUUAUCAGAAUUUCAAAAGCUACUUGAACAAAUUAAACUAUAUCAAUGCGACCAACUCCGCAGUUCUAUGUAAAACAUGUGAUAUUUAUAAAGCGUGCGCUGGAUAUGAAUAUAUAAUGGUUUCAGGUAAUUUAACUUAAUUUUUUCAACUAUUAAACGUUUUAAGUUAUUUAGCAAUUUUUAACUCAGUUUGGCAAAGAGUAAAGUUUGACUUUUAUUAUAAAAAUGCGGGCAAUCUCUUAUGAAGCUCCGUAAGCAUUGAAAUCAGUUUGAUGAUUUUUUUUUAUCAACUGUAAAAAUACAUUUGUCAAGCGAAGCCUUAAAUUUUGACUUUACAUGAAAAUAUUAAUUUAAAAGCGUAUGCUUUUUAGACUUAAUCGAUUUAUUGAAUCUGUACAUAGAAUUAGGCACAUGUUAUACAUGUUUGUUUGGCAUAGACUUUUGUACUGUUGUAAAUCACUAAAACGAAAAUAAAAUCACAAUAUUUUGCUAAAUAUGUAGAACUUUUAAAUAUGUAUUU